AUGGUUUCUCUGCUGAAGAGUGAGGCUGCAUUCGAAGCAAGAGCUAAGGAUUGCGGACUCCCAGGAGAAGAAAUUGAGCGGCUCAAGACUGCUGGCAUAGUGAACAUCUCGCUUCUGGCCUUUGCAACAAGCGCCCCAGGAACUCCUCCGAGCGAGGACCAGCUGCGCAACCUUCUGAGGCCGUUGAAUCCCGAGAGCGUUGGGGUUGGCACGCUUGCAGCCCUUCGACAUUUGAUGUUCGAGUGCCAAACUUUGUGCUUGGCCCACGUCAAGGCCUCAGUAGAAGGGACCGACAAGAAGGUGGAGUUGGUGCCAGCAGAGCGGAGUGCCAGGAUUGCGUCGCAGAAGGACAGCCCCAUGUAUUUGGAGCCGCACCGCUUUGAUACUCGCGCUGCUGAAGUUGCUAGGGAGAAGCCGGGCAAGGAACUUGUCCUGGAUCAGAACAAGAUCUCGGUGAAGGAUCGAUCCGACCGCGGCAAAUGUGCCAUACAGGAUGCCCUCUCCUUGCAUCAAGCUCUCCAGCGCCGUGCUCUUGCUUGCGAUUUGAUGUCUGCUUGCAGCUACGAGGUUCUUCAUGAGUGGCAUUCCUUCAUGUUGGAGAGGUUGCAGCAACAGCCGCCACCAGGCUGCGCAAAACCCAGCAUUGAGCAGAUCUUGCGUGCAGACCGGAUCGCAUGGGUCAGGUUGGCAGAGCGCGUGCAUUCACUUAGGAGGACUGCCUCGGGGGCGCUUCCGCUUGAUGCAGCAAUUGCCGAUCUCAACAGAGACCCGACUGUUCUCUUCCACCUGCUCCCUUCUCGGGAGACCAAGGCUCCGGAGAGGCCUCAGCGAGAUCCUUCCAAGAAGGACGAUGACAAGAAGAGAAAGAUUGAUGAUAAGAAGAAGGUCAAACCUGACUCCACCAAGGUUCAGAAAAGCGAAAUGCCAGAUGAACUUAGGCGCCGGCUGGUCCCAGACAUGCGUCUUCAUCCUGCCUUGGUCCUGACUGCCAUGGUCCGGAGGUGCGCGCCUUCGCACUCGUUUACCAGCUUGAAUCUUUUCUUGAAUGUCAAAACGGCCUUGCACAUUGAUGUCAACAACGAGCAGCUGCCAAACAUCAUUAUUGGCAUCAGUGAUUUCCGAGGCGGGCAAGUGCUUGUUGAAAAUCCCAAGGGGUCUCAUACCACAUCCACUGCAUCUGGGGAUGUUCGUGCAGACCUUCUUGAAGUUGCAGGCACCCAUGCCGUCUUUGAUGCAUAUCGGUUAAGGCAUGAGACCGUUGACUGGAUCGGUGAUAGGUUAGUCCUUGUUGCCUUUUCGGUUAAGGGUUCCCACUUGCUUUGCCCAGCUGAUCGCACCGAGUUGCUUAAGCAAGGGUUUGUCCUUCCGUCCAUGUCAGAGUGCUCCACCAAUGACCCGCCGGCCAAGUCGCUGGCGUGCGAUCCCUCAUGCCUUCCCUCGGGCUUGAAAGAUCGCUGUCAUGACAAAUGCUUGGGGGACAUGCUUUUCCUUGAGAUCUUCUGUGGCACUGGAGGCCUAGCUGCUGCUGUCAAAAAGGUUGGGAUCGGGGCUUCUGUUGGAGUUUCUGCUCGAGUCACUGGGCGAACCAAGUGUUCCGUCGUGCCUUUGAAUCUUCUUGAUCCCAGCCAACAUCCGCUCUUGUGGGACAUGCUCAAGCGCGACAAUAUUGCUGCUGUGCACAUGUCACCGCCACAAAGUCAAGAUGCUCUGAAUUCCCUGUGUACCGAGGUCAUCGAAUGGUGUCAACGGGCCGGCAUUUUGCUGGUCAUUGAAAAUCCGACGGCCAGUAAGCUUUGGCAAGGGCCCGUGGGCAACAAGUGCAAAGCCUUUGGCUUCUUGAAGACAACUCUUCACCAGUGCAUGUUUGGUGCUGCCCAUCCGAAACAUUCUGCUCUCUUCCACAACUUUCCUGAGGUGAGGAGGCUCUGCCUUGUGUGCGAUGGUCAACAUCAGCAUGCACCAUGGGACUCGUCGACUGAUGGGCCCAUCAGUGCAUACCCGCUUGCCAUGUGCCAAAGUCUUGCGCAUGCUAUCCGUGAUCGCUUAGUGCUGUCGGGCUGUGCGACUUCUUGCCCUCACGUAUCGCUUAGCCGAGCGGCCCAGGCGGCGACCGGCAAACAACCCAAAGGCUCCAGGAUACCUCCGCUUGUGCCACCGCGGGCAGGCUUUGUUGUGCUCCGCGGCCCAGGUUGUUUCAUGCCUCCCACCGGGGUCCUUAAGCAGUUUACACCACUGUCUUCAGAGUUGUCCGCAUUGCCACCGGUGCAUGGCCUCCCCGCUGGCUCCAAAUGCACCCGCUCUGUGCUGUACCGGGGUUAG